UCUUGAUAAGCGGCUUGGAUAAAUUAUCAAACUCAUUUUUUUUUAAAGUAUAAUUGUCCCAUUUUAGUACGACAACAAAAAUUAAAUUAAGCUUUAGAUGUUCCAGGAUCCUGGGCCCGGAGAAUUUCAAGUGAUAAAAAUAUUUGCUGAUAAUCCCUGAAUAGAAUAGAAAUAGAAAUGGAUCAUAUACCUCGCCUGUCAGAGGUUGUGUAUGUAGGACUGUGUCGUAAAGUAGGGAGUCCUACACAACUGAGGAUCAGGAGAGAAGUGACAGACACUUUGGAGGUAAUGGAUAAACCUAUAAACACCAUGCAGGGAGCAGUUAAGAUGAUGAGUGGGAGUAGACGUGAGGGAUUCAGACUGCUUGGUUCAGAUGCUGAUUGUAUGUUCUGGCCUCUAGACCACAAGGUGAUAUGUGAUCUCUCUCAGAUCAGUCUCUAUCGUAACCAACAACACACUGUGAUCCUGAUAGAGUGUGAUGAUUUACCACCAGGAUUUGUAAGACUAAAUAUGAUGAACGCAUCAAGUAAUAAAAAAAUUAGAUCCUCCUGUGUAGCGAUCGACAACGAUGUUUAUAUAUCUAGUACAUUAUUCCGUGAGAAUUUUUUACAGUGCUUACGAGCCCUUAAUUUCAGCUCUUCUUCUUUCUCUCAUGGACCUUGUUGCACAUAUCUUGUGGGUAAUAUAGAAACGGACAGUGCAUACUGUUUCCGAUCCCAUCACUGGCCGGCAUUAGCUUUACCAUGGGUACAAAGAUGUCGUCAACAUGGUUGGCCAUCCGAGGUAGUAAUAUCAGAUAUAUUAAGAUCAGGAUUCCAUGUUGUUCCUAUCGGCAGCACACCUGACAGCAUACAAGAGUGGAGAAUGUCAUUUUCCAUGGCGGAACAAAAACUUGUAUAUUCAAUGAACCACACUCAGUUUUUAUGUUAUGGUCUGUUUAAAAUAUUUCUUAAAGAGGUUGUCAAUUUAAAUGAAUGUUCGCCCGUUCUAUGUUCAUAUUUCACAAAAACGGCUGUAUUUUGGGUAAUCCAGACUAACAAGUCCUUGACUUGGACACCUGAAAACUCAUUGCAUUGUUUCUGGAGAUGCUUCAAAUUAUUAUUAUAUUGGGUGUUUAUUGGAGAAUGCUCAAACUUUUUCAUUCCCCAGAACAACAUGUUCCGAUUUAAAGUAACUGGAUCUAUACAAAUAUUGUUGUUUGAUAAGUUGUUUGAAUUGUAUUGCAAGGGUAUAUCAGGUCUAUUAUUGAGUAAAACGUUAAGACCGUUUCUCAGUCGGGCCAUUUUAUACAGAGCAUUGAGAGUCUGCACUGACGAGAGUAGUAUCAUUACUAACACUGAACUUGACAUAAGUUUAUUUAAGGAAUUCUGGGGAUAUAACCAAAGCCUUUCAAGUGUUGUAGAAUUUGCAGCUCUCAUGAAGAACCUUGAAAUAGAGAUUAGUAAAGGGUUGGCGCCUAUCCAGAAGGCUACAGUACAAUGUAUGACAUCAGAGAUAUUACGAAACACUGCCAUGUUGAAACUGUGUGAUGUAUAUCAACAUAAAAAUCGUAAUAAGAUUUACUACAAAUCUAUCAACGUUUCCGGAUUGUUAAGACUAUCAUGUACAUUCGGCUGUACCUCUGACAUACUUUAUCUUGCUAUGUAUUUUUACAGGACAUCUAGAUAUGAACAAUUACUCAAUUGCUUACAGAAAGCACAAAACAGAAUGACAAAACCAUACAUUAUAUACCGUGAUCAUGUAAAUGUAGAUAUGUUUACACUUAACACAUUGGGGGUGUCUCUAAGUCAUAAAAUGAGGAAUGCUUUAGUAACAGAUAUUAAGUUAUACAUUGAUUACAUAUACAUUGAUGAAAUUAUUCUAGAGCAGAGGACCAGUAACAAGAAUGGUAAUAAUAUAUUAUUAAUACCACCUCUAGUGAUGCUACACAUGUUGUUUAUACUGAAUUACUACAGACUGGGUGACACAGUGAGGUCACAACAAUCUCUACAGGAUCUACAGACCCUGCUGCUCUAUGAUGACAUGAUUUAUGUACCUUUUCCCCCCAGAGAUAUAUCCUGGCAAAUACUGGGAAUCUGUCAACAAAUCUGUGGGGACUUCGUGGCAGCGCUAGAAUCUUAUCAAUGUUCGUUACAACAACAUCCAUUUCACAAGAUUCAAGAAGCAACGUUGCUUAGAAUUAAUACAAUUUCCCAAUAA